GGCUGCUCCGCAUGCCUCACAGCUCCACGUUGCUUUGAAGUUUAGAAAUUCCAGGAGUUUCCUGUAACAAGGUCGAACUCUAAUGUGAACCAGAAGCUGUUUUUCUCUCUCUGCCUCCUCACUCUGUUGGUUAGUGGAGUGUGAAGUCUCGAUAUGUCUCGUCUGUGGAUCCUCCUGCUCUUGUUGGCACACUGGAUCAACAGCCCGGUGCUUUCUGCAAAAGCAGGCAAGAAAAAACACCAAGGGAAGAAUCAAAGUGAGUCUGCAACUCCCAAGGAGGACGUUGGUUCAGAUGGGGCUCGCGAAAGUCCGUCAGAGUCGGACUUCUUGGCUGAUUUUUCCGGGAAACACCGCCUGUGGGUGAUCACCGCGCCGUCGCAUGGUGACAACUAUCUGCGUAUGAUGGAGAAACAGAUUCAGGAGUCUGAGGGACUAAACUGUCGCUUGGCAGAAAGAGACACGCUCGUUGUCACUAUUAUUCAGAAUGCCAUGAUGGAAGGCAAAAUCCAACGCACCACCUUGCACGGAGAAGCCACUGUGGAGGUCAUGGACUCUGAAAUGGUGAGCAAACUUCUCCAUUACCUUGAGGUGGAGUACCAUACAUUCUCCAUGUUGAUUCUGAAGAAGAACAUGAGGGUUAGUGAGAGGUUUCCUUACCCGGUUCGUGUUGAGGCCAUCCUUGAGGUCAUUGAUCAGCUGCCUGUGCGAAAGUUGGAGAAGAUCGCUAGAAAGGGCUUACCAGUUAAAUGCAAGAUCACAAAGAAGAGGUUAGUGAUGAAAAAAACAGGUUCCAGCAAGCGUAGGACCUUCAGCCCACAGAGACAAGUGAACACCACGUCCAUCCUCACACAGAAGAUACGUCUAGACAAAAAGGCAACAUUGAGAAACAAAGUCCAAGAUAUUUUGAGAGGACGCUCGCGAUUCGUCAUCCGUAAAACGACGGGCAGCUCAGGCAAUGGCAAACCAUCAACUAAAGCAGGUUCAGAAUCUGGAUCUAAAGGAAAUGAGAGGCUGAAGCAAAACAACCAAAAGAAAACUCCUGAUAGUGACAGAAACAGAGAGCCAGUAACAGAAGUGAAAAAACCUUCUGAAGCAGAUAAAACGCAUGCUGCAAAAUCUCAUUUUGGCACUCUCAAUGAGGAUUUCAAUGGAGAACAAACCGUUGACCAUUCAACCUCUAAAAAGAAAGGCAAAGGAAACGAUGGCAAGAAAAAGGGAAAAGGAGGGAGGAGGAAAUCGCAACGAGAAGCAGAUGAUAAGGAAAAGGCAGCUCUCAAAGAAUUCAUGCAAAACCUCAAAGGGAGAAGAAGACUUGUUGUGAUUUCAUCGCCAAGUGAUGUCUCAAGUCAGUAUAUCAAACAGAGAGAUGAUAAUGAGCUACGUAGCUGUGAGUUUUCCCAAAGAAAGGUCUCAGUGCUGUCCAUAAUGGGUUCAGAUCAUACUCUUACGCUACACAUCCAACACUACCAAGACUCCGAGGCACCACAAGCAUCCUUGCCAGAAAAGUUCAGAAACCCAGAGUUAAUAAGCGAGAUCCGCAGAGAAUAUGGGCUGGACUCCAAAAACUUCUCAAUGGUAUUGACUGACUAUGACCUGAGGCCGAACCUUAACAGGAUUUUCAGCAAGCCAACGGCUCCUUCCGAUUUACUGGAUUACAUUGACAGCUUUCCUUCACGUCAGUCCGAGAAGGAAGACGAGCGAAAAGCUCCAUCACGCUGCUCUAAAGAUGAAACAAACAAUCAGGAGAACUCACUUCUGAGGUUUAUGUCCAAACGAAGACUUCUAAUCAUCUCAGCACCUACAGUAGAUGACUACUCAUUCCAUCAGCAGCUUCAGGCACUCAAUGGACAGGAGUGUCCAAUGGGUAUCCGUCAUUUUGCCUUGUUGAAGAUUGUGGGUACUGGAUCGACAGCUUCAGGAACAGUGGAGUUUUUUCCAUUGAAUGGAAAAAGUCAACCUGAGAAAGAGACGCUCUCGCAGGAUGUGGUGGAAAGUCUCAGAAAUCAGUUAAAGAUAAACAGGGACUACUUCAGCAUGCUGGUGGUGGGUAAGGACGGGGACGUAAAGGCCUGGUUCCCGUCUCCAAUGUGGUCUUUGGGAAGCAUCUACGACCUUGUGGACUCGAUGGAAUUGCGUCAACAGGAACAGAAACUGCAGCAAACACUUGGAAUUCACUGUCCAGAUGAGAAUACUGGGACUUACCAUGGUUACAGAGAAGAGACAGAGGACAGCUAUUUGUACCACAGAUCUGAGGACUAA